AACAACAACUACUAAAAUGGACAUUGACGAUCUUAUGCAGUUCUGUAGGUAUAGUGGUUUGUUUCCGGGACGUUUGGAGCGACAAGAUGUCUUUUCUGUUCGGUUUGAAAGUAAUGAACACAACAACGCUAUAGCAACAUACGAACAUGACUUAUCAUUUUUACAGAAAAUCGUUUUUUAUAAUGGCAAUUGUAGAAAAGUUAAAUCAAGAAAAAGAUCAAUGCAUCCCCAUCCACUAGACAUAUCGACAUUUGUUUUCUUAUGCUGUAAUUUCAUUUCAAGACAAGACCUGGUCUUGCAUUUCUGGGGCUGCAACCAUGCGUUCCCACUCGUAGUAAAAAGUGGGCAACUUGAAAGGGCAACAAUAUACAUUUGGCCUUUGAAAAGUUUGAUUGCAAAAUACAAAGACCCUGAUGGUAGUGAUAUACAACGUCCUGUACUAGAUUUUAAAAUGAAAGUAAUCAGUGCCAUUGGAUUUGGUCAGCAAACUGUUUCGAAGUCAAACAUUCUUAAUAUGAUAAUAACUGAAUCCGGAAAAGAGCACUCUUUCUUUUUCCAUAGAGAUUUGGAAGGAAGUACCAAGAACGUGUCUGAAAUUUGCAACGGAAUAAUCGAGGCCUUUCCUGUGUUUAAUGCUAGUGAUCAACCAUCUUUAUAUCUUAAUCUCCGCGGAAAUUGCAAAAAACAUGCAGAUCAACUCGGCUUUCUUUUAACUGCCAGUGAUAUUGUAGUUCUUCUUUGUGAUAAACAAGAAAUCGGUGAAGUGAAAUCUUUAAUGCAGAAAGACAUGUCAACACAUAAAAAGCAGUUUAUUAUCUUUUGCACAGAUCUUUCUGAUAACGAAGAGGAUAUUAACUUGGCAGAAGAGCUUGAAGAAUUUUGCACACACAAAUUAAUCGAUAACCUUAUAGUUGCUUUGAAAUGCGCAAUGCGAUUUGACUGGAUGAAGGAAGUUCUGUGUGCAGUUUCAAAAGCUAGAUUUGAAAAUUCAAUAGAUGAUUUGAUGAAAAUUGCUGAAGAAAACAAUUUUGAUAUCGAUUUAGACAGAAUUAAAAAACAAAUAACGAAAGCUGAAGAAUUCACCAACCCAAUUUUCAAGCUAUAUGAGGAGAACAAAAUGCAAUCUAUUUUUCCAAUCCAAUGGUCAGAAUCUCUUGCAUUUUCAAAAGCAGAUAAGGAAAUUUAUAAACUACAACAUUGGAAAAGCGGAGAAAAUGUUCGUCUUUAUCGGGACAAAUUAGAGCAACAGAAAAAUGCGUCACGUUUGAAGCAAAUAAACCUCAUUAGAAAUGGUGAAAGUUCCCUGAUAUAUCGAUUUUUAGAAACAUUUGACACGAUCUCAGAAACAGAAGACUCGCCUCCUUUUUCGUAUUUAACUUUAGAAGAACAAAACGAAAUUUAUAUCAGACUUCUUAAAAUAAAUUUUGACAAAGCAACACGUUCAAAUCUGAAUAGAGUCUACAGUGUUUAUUCAGAUCUUUUGUGUCAAUUGCGUCUUGACAGAUUACACUCUGUUGAAAUUCAAGAAAGACUUGAUAACCUAGAUGUGAAGAUAUGUAACAAUUCUUUAUCAAUAUCACAUUUUGUAAGAGAAAUGGGACAAAUAUACGAGACUGUUUCCUCUCAGUGCCAAAAGGAAGACCGUAACAUUUUUGGACUUGACAGGAUGCUUUCUGCUGCGGUGAAACUUCUCUUAUAUGGCUACAAUAUAGAAUUAAUGGAUGGGAUAUCAAAUUAUGUUUCUUUGAAUUGGGUGAAAGGCAUAAUAUCUGAACUAAGGCGAAAUCUUGAAAAUAUAAGAAUUAAAGUAGUAUCUGUUUUAGGUAUUCAAAGCACUGGAAAGUCGACAUUAUUAAAUGUAAUGUUUGGAUCGCAAUUUGCUGAAGGGUCUGGCAGAUGUACACGUGGGUUACAUCUUCAUUUGGUAAAAGUGUCACCAGAUUUUAUCAGAAACUAUAAUGCAGAAUAUGUAUUUGUUGUUGAUACAGAAGGAUUGUUUACAUUGCCAUUAGAAUCCGAGGCACUUGAUAUUGACCGGAAGGACAGGGAAUUGGCAACUUUUGUGAUUGGGAUUUCAAAUAUAACAAUUGUCAAUAUAAUGGGUGAAAAUCUGUCAUACCUAAAAGAUAUUUUGCCUAUUUCUGUACACGCAUUUCUUAGAAUGGAUUUGGUUGGUUUAAAUCCAUGUUGCGUCCUUCUUCACCAAAAUGUAGCAAAAGGAAACAAAUACCAUCUACUUCAGCAGACACAUCAUCUUGAGCGUUUGUUGGAUGAUUAUACAUAUGCUGCUUGUAAAUUAGAAAAUAUUAGACCAAAGCGCUUUAAAGAUAUUAUUAAGUUUGACAUUGUUAAAGACGUUUAUCAUUUUCCUCCCCUUUAUCAGUCCUCUCAACCCCAAGGUCUGAUUAAUCCACAAUACAGCGAAGACGUAGAGAGUCUUAAAAAAGACAUAAUGAUUAAAACCGAUGGAACGUUUUUAUUAGUGGAAUUUGCGGAGCACAUCGAAAAUAUAUGGGAGGCGGUGAAACGGGACAAUUUCGUUUACGAAUUUAAAAAUAUUAUUGAAAUUAAAGCAAGGACUGUGAUUGAUAGAGAAAUAUGCAACUUACAAUGGAAAUUAAGAUCGACGUUGCAAGAGAAUUUAAAGGAAUUCAAUCAAAAUAUAAAUGAUUGCACGAAUAAAAAUGCUUUGCUGGAAUUACAGAAUAAAUACGAUGAUAGGACAAAUGAACUUUUAGCUUGUUUAUAUACAGUAAAUGGCGACAACAUAGUCAGGAGAAUUCCUAACACCAUUUUAGGAAAAUCAAUACUAAAGUUCCAAAGCCUUGUUAGGCAGUCAAUCAAAGUGAGUUUCGAAGAGAGCAGGCGUGAAUUCACGAAUCUGUUUAAAGUACAAGUGAAAAGAAGACAGAAAGAAUUGGAAAUUGUUGAAUUAGAUAAACAUAUGUUGCUCGAAAUUGACCAUUUUCUAGAGAAAAAUCUUAAAAAUCGAACACAUGCUUCAAUUAACGUUAACGAUUUAUUUGACAAUUUGUUCCACAGAUGGAUUAAGAGCAAACAGUUUGGAGUUGCUUCGUCAAACGGUAUGGUAUUUGAAGAAGAAGCCGUAAGUUGCAUGUACUCAUCGUUUCCAAUACGUCAUGCCAAAAUAGAUGAACAAUUGGAGGUAAUGUGUAUUUCAGAUAGAAACCUGGCAGACUUGUCAUGCGAAGUACCACCAACAUAUUGGUCAGUUCAUGAGCAUUAUUCAGAGAACCAAAUUGCAAGUGAAAUUGUGGAGGACAUGAGGAUUUUUUUGCAACAUAAGCUAGCGCAAAUAGCCGAUGGCAGUCUUGAUUAUAGGGUUGGAAUUUUUAAAGAUAUUAUUUUACAUUUGCGAAAUCAUCGCAACUUAACCGAGGGUUUGAUUCAUACGAAGCCAGUUUUUGAAAUUGACGUAGCACUGGCUUCAUGUGGUGAAUUUAUUCAACGCUUUAAAAAACUUGAAAGGAAGAAUAAAAUCAUAUACACGCCUUUAAAAAUUCACUUAGAAAAUUAUUUCCGUUCGAAGAUUUCGGAAAUUGUUUUAUAUAAAACUAGUUCAGCAGAAGCAGUUGAAAAUUUCAGUGAAUUGAUAUUGACAGAGUUAGUCCACUAUUUAAUGUCUUCCAUACCUAAUGAAAUUGCAAUUUACCUUAAAGAUCAACAUAACUGUCUUUCUUCAAAGCAGGGACUUAUAAAACACAUAUAUUACACUUUAAUCGGAAAUCUUGAGUCCCAUUUUUUAGAUAGUUGUUUACAUUCGUUUGAACAUAGUGCUAGAAGCUGUAUAUCGAAACUGUUUGAUUCUCUAUCGAAUGAAACCGAAUCUUUCAAUGGAUCACUAAAACAGAUAGUAGAGGAUUACUUUGAUAAGAAUAUUACCUCAGUUUGUAACAGCCUGGAGGAAGGAAAAGUUAAUCAAAAGGUAACUACACUUCCUGCAAUGAAACAAUGUAUAAAUUUGAUAUCGUCAGCGCUUGCAAAAUUUCUCCCGAUGAAUAGUUUUAAGGAAUUUGAGAAUGAUCUUCUCGGGGAAAUUGAACCAACUACUUUGAUAACAAUAUUGGUUGAUAAUUUAAAGAAGGAUUCUGUACGUAAAAAGUAUCUAAAAAUUAUAUUAAGACGCGUAAUAGACACCGAAGAAUAUUACAAUAUAAAAUGUGAAACUGUAAGCAUAAUUAUCUCUCCAUUAAUCGGUUGCACUAAACAGUGCCCUUUAUGUGAUGAAGUAUGUUGUAUCGGACAAAUGAAUCAUAGUGGAAAACACAGCGCUUUUAUGCAUAAACCAACGGGGAUGAAUGGCAGGUGCGAGACAUCAUCUAGGAAGUUGUCAUCGCUUACAUGUUGGGAAGAACUGAAGUCACAUGAGCAUGAUGGAAAGCAUGAUCCUACAAUAGAAAACAUCCGCGAAAGUUGGGUUGUUCCUUCUGAUAUGUGUGUUGAUGACAAUAGCUUUUGGAAAUACAUAUAUGUGUCACGCAUAAAGGAAAUUGCACACCGAACGGGUAAAGAUGAGCCCGAUGAUAUACCAAAAUCGUGGUAUAAUUUGAAUAGAAAUGCAGAAGCUGAUAAGUUAACGAAAACAUGAUGUACCAUAUCUGUGAAAUCUUUUGUGGUCGACACACGUAACUAAAAUGUAAAAUUGUAAAAAUAUAUGUAAAUUAUCAAUUUAAAUCAUACUGUGACAUGUUUGAAGCUGUCUUAUUUUGAAGACUUAUCGUGUUCAUUAAAAUACGCUAUCGUAUGACGGAAUAAAUCCUGAUCAAAUGUAAAUGAUAGUUGAUAUAAAUGAAGACGAGCAUUCAGGUCAAAGUAAUUCAGCCAUAUUUCUAUUGAAUAAAUAUAUAUCAUUUUUGUCAUAUAUAUUUUCCUAUUUGUGUGUAUCAAAUUUUAUAUGUUUAGAAAAUGCACAGAUAUUGAUGAAUGCUUAGUAUAAAUGACUAAUUCAGCAAGCUCGUUUACUAACACAAAUUGUACCCUGUAGUUGUUUUCAAUACUGACUGUUCUAAAUCAUUCUGAAAUGAAAUAUAUGUAUUUAUGUAUUGUAUUUUUACAUACAUGUUAUUGAUUUAUUUUUUUAAAUUGUUAAAGCAACUGAUUCAAAAUUGCAGUUUUCACGCUCCUUAAAGCGUGAAAAUGGCAUUCGUGAUUAUUUCAUGACAGAAUAUUUUGCCUCUAUUACAGUACUCUAAUAUUCACGAUAAAUUUUCUCCAAGAUGUUUACUAUAGGCUGGUAUAAUCGAAGACGAAAAUAUAUAUUAUUUUAUUUUAAAUAAAAGUUGUGACAUUUUGUGACACAUUUGUUAGUUCAAUUUGAAAAACUUUGUGUACUUAUUUUCCGUAGUUUAAAUGAUAGCAUAAUUAUAUGAUACAAAAGUGUAUCACAACAAACAACUGCAAAUCAGACUUAACUUUCAAUUGAUAAAAAGACUAGGCAUUUCUUUUCUAUUUUAGGCAGUUGUAAUAUAUAUUCAUAGAUUAUAUUUAGCUCAACAUGACAUCGCAAAAUGAGCAUAAUUAUAACCUAAACAUUAUUACAAAGUUUAUAAAAUUUAAGUCAACAACUGUUUUAUUUAUUCUUUACAUAAUGAAUUACAAAAUGUUAAUAAAGUAGCUGAAUUUAGAAACCUUAUAAAAUCGCCCAACAGGGAAAAAAAACUUACAACUGCCAGGACUUUGAUAACAGACAUGGCUUUAUCGCAUUUUUCUUUGCACAUACUACUUUGUUAACCAGAAAAGGACUUUAUUCAAGCUUACAUUAAUACGAUCUUGAAGUUUAGUAUUAUAAAUUAUAACGUAAACAAUAACAAAUAAGCGGUAGUUUAACGAGUAUUUAUUGUCAUAAUAUUAUACGCAUGCGCGCCCGUGCGUGCAUAUGUGUAUGUGUGUGUGUGUGUAUUCCUUAUGUUACUAUUUUGUUUACAAGCACUUUUUUCUUAAACACAAAUAGUGUUAUAUAUACUUUAUUUUUACAUGGAUUCGAUCUUUAAAGAAAUGUUUACUUGAAUAUUUUCCAAUGAUGAAUUUUACUAUAGAUACACGUUAGUAAAAGUUUUAUUAAGCAAUGUUAGAUAAUUAAACUUUUU